UUGAAACUGCAUACUAACGAAAAGUUUACAUGGUCUCUGAUCACUUGUAAGUUGCCCUCCACUCCAGUCACUAUCAUGGAAGGACCAACCUCCACCACCUCCUCCCUUCCGGCCGCCGGCGCCGCCGACAAGGAAGGAAAAUCCGCCGAAUUCCACCCAUUCUCCGUCUCCACCCCGCAAAUCCGAGCCUUCCACCUCGCAUGGCUAUCCCUCUUCUCCAACUUCGUCUCCACCUUCUCCAUCCCGCCCCUCAUCCCCUUAAUCCGCGCCGACCUCGCUCUCUCCCCCUCCGACCUCUCCUCCGCCGCCACCGCCUCCUUCGCCGGCUCCAUCCUCUCCCGCUUCGCCAUGGGACCCUUAUCCCACCUCCUCGGCCCCGCCACCGCUUCCGCCGCUCUCUCCUUCCUCACAGCCCCCGCCGUCCUCUCCGCCGCCCUCAUCUCCUCCCCGGCCUCCUUCCUCGUGGUCCGGCUCCUCGUCGGCCUCUCCCUCGGCAACUUCGUCGCGAAUCAGUACUGGAUGACCUCCAUCUUCUCUCCUUCAGUGGUCGGCCUCGCCAACGGCGUCUCCGCCGGCUGGGCAAACACCGGCGCCGCCGCCGCCCAAUUCCUCAUGCCCCAAAUCCACUCCCUCCUCCUCUCCCUGAAACUCUCCUCCUCCGCCGCGUGGCGGCUCUCCUUCUUAAUCCCCGGAAUCUUCCAACUAGUCAUGGCGGCGCUCGUCCUUGUCUACGGCCGCGGCCGUGACCGUGCAUUGACGACGGAAUCGGCAAAAUUUAGAUCGGAAACUGAAACGGCGUCGUUUUGGGGCGUUGUGGUGAGGUACGGGCUGGGGGAUUACAGAGGGUGGAUUUUGGGAUUGGCGUACGCGUGUUCCUUCGGGUCGGAGCUGACGACGGACAACGUGGUGGCGGGCUACUUCUACGAUCGGUUCGGGUUGGAUCUCCGGGCGGCUGGUACGAUCGCCGCGGCAUUUUCUCUGACGAAUUUUUUCGCCCGGCCGAUGGGCGGAGUGGCGUCGGAUGCUAUGGGGAAGAGGUUUGGAGAGAGAGGGAGGGUCUGGGCCUUGUGGGCCGCGCUGACGGCGGCCGGAGGGAUCUGCUUUGCGCUGGGGAGGGCGGCGACGCUGUGGGGAUCGGUGGCGGUUAUGUGUGCUUUUUCCGUCGUGGUUCAGGCUGCCUCCGGGCUCGUGUUUGGCGUCGUGCCUUUUGUCUCCAAGAGGUCGAUGGGGGUGAUAGCAGGAAUGACCGGCAGCGGAGGGACGAUGGGCGCCGUGUUGACUCAACUCCUGUUGUUUUCCGGGUCCAGAUUCACGACACAAACCAGCAUAUCUCUCAUGGGGAUCGUGAUCAUCGUCUGUUCUCUCCCUGUCACCUUAAUCUACUUCCCUCCGACCAAUAAGUCAGACUCGAAAGCUGAUCAAGAUGUUGAUGGUGACGAAGAUUACCGCCUGCUUCAAUCAAAUUAACGGAAAAAGCAUCAAUCCAUUAUGUUAAGCUAUGGAAGUAUCAACACUCAGCAGUCUUCUUAGCAAUUGGCAAGAACAGAAUCAUGAUCAACUCAGGAAUGCAACAUGCUUGACCGCUAAAAGAAGGGAAAGCGGUCUGUCUGUUGUGGUAUGAUGUUCUGGGAUUGAUAACUGUAAAGAUGAAAUGGUUACAGGUUGUAUAUAGAUGUGUAAUAUGUAGAGGUGGCUUACCUAAAUUCCGUGUCGUC